AUGUGGAGUUCAACUAUGUGGAAUCCAAAUCCAAGUAUGUGGAAUCCAUAUACGUGGAGUCCAAGAGCUACUUUCAGGUUUGAGAUAGAUAACUUCUCGAAGAUGGAAUCUACCACUACCAUACUACCGUCUCCGACAUUCUUGUGUGGCGGAUGCGAAUGGUAUCUCAACGCAUACGUUUAUCCCCAGGGAGAUAUUUGUGCUGAUAGUCACUUGUCUUUGUCCCUUAACGUUGCAAACCCUAAUUUAUUACAAUCUGGAUGGAAAAGGAGUGCUGAUUUUUACUUCGUUUUGUCGAAUCAACUCGGCAAAGUUCUAUAUAAAACACCAGUUGCACAAGCACGCUACUCGUUUAACGCUAUGACUCCAUCCUCUGUUGAUGGAGAUGUUUCAGAGAAGAAGGAAACUGUGGAAAUCAAUGGUUUUCAGGUUUUGGUUUCUCAGGCUACUCUAGUGUCAAAGCUAUUCGCAGAGCACCCAGACAUUGCAAAAGAUUUCAAACCAAAGAACGAAAUGGUGAAGACAGCAUACAUGAAUGUUCUCCUCAAUCUCCUUGAGACAAUUAACAAGCCUUCAAAGAAUUACUCAGAGACUGAGGUAAGCAAUGCUCAAAGCAAGUUGUGUGAGCUGAUUGAAGUAGGUUUCAAGCUGGACUGGUUGAAGACAAAGGUUGAUGAGGUUUCUUUGGAGAGGAAGAAAACAAAUGAUACUGAUUGUUCUUGGGUCAAACAACUCGAGGAAUGUCUCAAGAAUCUUGAGGUGAUGGAAUUGAGAAAGGUGAAAGCAAAGCUUGAAGAGGUUUUAUUGGCGUUGAAGAAAGCAGAAGAUGCUGAUGAAUCUCGAGGCCAGCAACUCGAGGAACGUAUCAAUAAUCUUGUGCGGAUGGAAUUGAGAAAGGUGAAAGCAAAUCUUGAGGUUUCCUUGGAGAGAAAGAAAUCAGAUGAUGCUGCUGGGUCUCUGUUCCAACAACUCGAGAAACGCGUCAAGAAUCUUGAGCUGAAAGAAACGGGCUUCAAGGUUGAGCAUUUGAAGACAGAGCUUGAUGAUUUGAAGACAGGGCUUAAUGAGGUUUCCUCGGAGAGGACGAAAGAAAACUCUCGGACCGAGCAACUCGACAAACGCGUCAAGUAUCUUGAAUUGUACUUUAUUGAAGACAAAGAUUGCUGA